GAACUUCAGAUAUGUCGUCCAAUCAACAGCAAUCCCAGCGCAACCAGGUCAUCCCUGAGGAGAUGGAAGCCCAAAAGCACAUUCACAGACACCGAGGCUCUGUGAACGAACAGGGACAAGCCGACUCACCCAUAUUCCGCGAUGACGAGGCCUUUGCAAGGUACCAAAUGGGCGACCCGAACCCACAUCGGCAGGCAGACGAGAAAACCCAGGUGAACACCAUGAACCAGAGCAUUACUCAGAAUCAUCAUGCUCGAGGAGGAGCAAAGGAGAAGGCGAAAGAGGGACCUAGGAGAGAAGAGAUGGAGGAUUUGCAGCCUCAGCUUCGGGAGAUGCUCUAGAUGUAUUUUCCCAGAAUUCGACCUUGACAACUGUACAUUAUGCAUCUGAAUGACUGAAUGACACACCAAAUGCCCU